GCGCUCGCUUCCCCGUCACCCUCCCCCUCCCCAUCUUCUGCCGGGAGGAUCAAGAUGGACGGGGUGCGUCGCUGCCUGGCGAUGGACUGAGGGAGGUGAGCGAAGGACGCCGGGAAGCUGAGGCGGCCACAGCAGCGGCGUCUGAGGAGAAAGUCUGCGGCGCCGCCGAGAGCGAGCGAGUCACUCACUCUCGGGCAGCGGGGAGGAGGAAGCAGGAGCGCGGCGGGGCCUCGCGGCGGCCUUUCCUAAGCCGCCUGACCGGGUCACCCUGCGAGGCCUGCGGCUGCCAGACAACGCGAGCGCCGCGGCCCGUCCCGGGCAAAGGCUACAGAAACCUGGGAUCUUUGCAGAGUGGAAGAUUUUUUGCACUCAAGUUAUUCUGACCAUAUUUUAAAAAUAUUUUGGGGUUACUUUUUAAUUUAAGAAAAGGCAGCUCUUUAAAAUCAUGGCAGAUGUGGACCCAGAUACAUUGCUCGAGUGGCUGCAGAUGGGGCAAGGAGAUGAAAGAGACAUGCAACUAAUAGCUCUGGAGCAGUUAUGUAUGCUGCUUUUGAUGUCUGACAAUGUGGAUCGAUGCUUUGAAACAUGCCCCCCUCGUACCUUUUUGCCAGCACUGUGCAAAAUAUUCCUUGAUGAAAGUGCUCCUGACAAUGUAUUGGAGGUAACGGCUCGUGCUAUAACUUAUUAUUUGGAUGUAUCAGCGGAAUGCACUCGACGGAUUGUGGGAGUGGAUGGUGCUAUCAAAGCACUUUGUAAUCGUUUAGUAGUUGUUGAGCUUAACAACAGAACCAGCAGAGACUUGGCUGAGCAGUGUGUAAAGGUGUUGGAACUCAUCUGUACCCGUGAAUCAGGUGCUGUGUUUGAAGCAGGGGGAUUGAACUGUGUGUUGACAUUUAUUCGUGACAGUGGGCACCUGGUUCAUAAAGAUACAUUGCAUUCUGCUAUGGCUGUAGUAUCCAGACUCUGUGGGAAAAUGGAACCUCAGGAUUCCUCAUUAGAGAUUUGUGUUGAAUCCCUCUCGAGUCUGUUAAAACAUGAGGACCAUCAGGUUUCAGAUGGUGCACUGCGUUGUUUUGCUUCGUUAGCUGAUCGAUUUACACGCCGUGGAGUUGAUCCAGCGCCAUUAGCCAAACAUGGACUAACUGAGGAGCUGUUAUCUCGAAUGGCUGCAGCAGGUGGUACAGCUUCAGGACCAUCUUCAGCAUGUAAACCUGGCCGGAGUAGCACGGGAGCACCAUCUGCAACUGCAGAUUCCAAAUUAAGCAACCAGGUGUCAACUAUUGUAAGCCUGUUAUCAACACUCUGCAGAGGAUCUCCAGUAGUAACACAUGAUCUCCUAAGAUCUGAGCUUCCAGAUUCUAUAGAGAGUGCAUUACAGGGUGAUGAAAGAUGUGUACUUGAUACCAUGCGUUUGGUAGAUCUUCUUUUGGUGCUACUGUUUGAAGGACGGAAAGCCUUGCCAAAGUCUAGUGCUGGAUCUACAGGCAGAAUCCCAGGAUUGCGUAGACUUGAUAGUACUGGAGACCGUUCCCAUCGGCAGCUGAUAGAUUGCAUCCGCAGCAAAGAUACCGAUGCCCUAAUAGACGCUAUUGACACAGGUGCUUUUGAAGCAAAUUUUAUGGAUGAUGUAGGACAAACUCUCUUAAACUGGUCCUCUGCUUUUGGAACUCAGGAAAUGGUUGAAUUUCUCUGUGAACGAGGUGCUGAUGUUAAUAGGGGUCAGCGGUCAUCAUCCUUACAUUAUGCAGCAUGUUUUGGAAGACCUCAGGUAGCAAAGACUCUCUUGCGACAUGGUGCCAAUCCAGAUUUGAGAGAUGAAGAUGGAAAGACUCCUUUGGACAAGGCUCGUGAAAGAGGGCACAGUGAAGUUGUGGCUAUUCUUCAAUCUCCAGGUGACUGGAUGUGUCCAGUUAACAAAAGUGAUGAAAAGAAAAAGAAAGAUGCAAACAAAGAUGAAGAAGAAUCAAAUGAGCCCAGAGGUGAUCCAGAAAUGGCACCAAUAUAUUUGAAAAGACUGCUGCCUGUGUUUGCUCAAACUUUUCAACAAACUAUGCUGCCUUCAAUAAGGAAAGCAAGUCUUGCUCUCAUUAGAAAAAUGAUUCAUUUUUGUUCUGAAGCUCUUCUAAAAGAGGUGUGUGAUUCUGAUGCUGGGCAUAAUUUGCCUACUGUUCUGGUAGAGAUCACUGCUACUGUUCUAGAUCAAGAGGAUGACGAUGAUGGCCACUUGCUAGCAUUACAGAUCAUAAGAGAUUUGGUUGAUAAAGGAGGUGACCUGUUUUUGGAUCAGCUCGCUAGGCUUGGUGUAAUAAGUAAAGUCUCAACUUUGGCAGGACCAUCCUCUGACGAUGAGAAUGAAGAAGAAUCUAAACCAGAGAAAGAAGACGAACCUCAAGAAGAUGCUAAAGAGUUGCAGCAGGGUAAACCCUAUCACUGGAGAGACUGGUCAAUCAUUAGGGGAAGAGACUGCUUGUAUAUUUGGAGUGAUUCUGCAGCUUUGGAGCUAUCAAAUGGUAGCAAUGGCUGGUUCAGAUUUAUCUUGGAUGGGAAGCUAGCUACAAUGUAUUCCAGUGGCAGCCCUGAAGGAGGAUCUGAUAGUUCAGAAAGUCGAAGUGAAUUUCUAGAGAAAUUACAGAGAGCCCGAAGCCAGGUAAAACCAUCCACAACAAGCCAGCCAAUUUUAUCUGUCCCAGGCCCAGCUAAACUGACAGUGGGGAAUUGGUCUCUUACGUGUCUAAAGGAAGGAGAAAUUGCUAUUCACAAUUCAGAUGGUCAGCAAGCUACAAUAUUAAAAGAAGAUCUUCCGGGUUUUGUUUUUGAGUCCAAUAGGGGAACUAAACAUUCAUUUGCUGCUGAAACUUCUUUAGGAUCAGAAUUUGUGACUGGUUGGACUGGCAAAAGGGGAAGAAAAGCAAAAUCAAAGUCAGAAAAAACCAAACAAAAGGUACGAACUAUGGCAAGAGACUUGUAUGAUGACCAUUUCAAAGCUGUUGAAAGUAUGCCUAGAGGUGUAGUUGUAACACUGAGGAACAUAGCAACUCAAUUAGAAUCUUCAUGGGAGCUCCAUACAAAUAGGCAGUUUAUUGAGGGAGAAAAUACUUGGCGAGAUUUAAUGAAGACUGCUCUGGAAAACUUAAUUGUCCUUCUGAAGGAUGAAAAUACUAUAUCACCAUAUGAAAUGUGCAGCAGUGGCUUGGUGCAGGCCCUUCUUACUGUUUUGAAUAAUAAUGUGGAUUUUGAUUUGAAACAAGAUUGUAGUCAGCUAGUAGAAAGAAUAAAUGUAUUCAAAACAGCUUUCAGUGAAAAUGAAGAUGAUGAAAGUCGUCCAGCAGUUGCAUUAAUUCGGAAACUCAUAGCAGUAUUAGAAUCCAUUGAACGUCUACCUCUACAUUUGUAUGAUACACCAGGAUCAACGUAUAAUCUGCAGAUAUUAACAAGACGGUUGCGGUUUCGCUUGGAGCGUGCUUCUGGGGAGACAGCUUUAAUAGACAGAACAGGUCGAAUGUUGAAAAUGGAGCCCUUGGCAACUGUAGAAUCUUUAGAGCAAUACCUCCUAAAAAUGGUGGCAAAGCAGUGGUAUGACUUUGAUAGAGCAUCUUUUGUUUUUGUACGAAAGCUCAGAGAAGGCCAGACAUUCAUUUUCAGACACCAGCAUGAUUUUGAUGAAAAUGGAAUUAUUUACUGGAUUGGAACAAAUGCAAAAACAGCUUAUGAGUGGGUAAAUCCGGCCGCCUAUGGGCUGGUGGUAGUUACAUCUUCAGAAGGAAGAAAUUUGCCUUAUGGCCGUUUGGAAGACAUCUUAAGCCGUGACAGUUCAGCUCUGAAUUGUCAUACUAACGAUGAUAAAAAUGCAUGGUUUGCUAUAGACCUUGGUCUUUGGGUGAUACCAUCAGCUUACACAUUACGCCAUGCUCGUGGUUAUGGACGAUCUGCUCUCAGAAAUUGGGUUUUUCAAGUAUCCAAGGAUGGACAGAACUGGACCACUCUAUAUACUCAUGUUGAUGACUGCAGUCUGAAUGAACCAGGGUCAACGGCAACAUGGCCACUAGAUCUACAAAAGGAUGAGAAGCAAGGCUGGAGGCAUGUAAGAAUUAAACAAAUGGGGAAGAAUGCCAGUGGGCAAACACACUACCUCUCUCUAUCUGGAUUUGAACUUUAUGGCACUGUGAAUGGUGUGUGUGAGGAUCAGCUAGGAAAAGCAGCUAAAGAAGCAGAGGCUAAUCUGCGAAGGCAGAGGAGACUGGUACGCUCUCAGGUUCUGAAGUACAUGGUUCCAGGUGCCCGUGUCAUCAGAGGAAUUGAUUGGAAAUGGAGAGAUCAGGAUGGUAGUUCACAAGGUGAAGGCACUGUUACAGGCGAAUUGCACAAUGGCACAACGCAGUCAUGGAGCAGCUUGGUGAAAAACAACUGUCCAGACAAGAUGACUGCUGCUGCAGGCUCUUCAAGUAGAAAAGGAAGUAGCAGUUCUGUGUGUAGCGUGGCCAGUAGCAGCGACAUCAGCUUGGGUUCGACAAAAAUGGAGCGGAGAUCUGAAAAUGUAAUGGAACAAAAUAUAGUUUCAGGCACUGACGUCCAUGAGCCAAUUGUUGUCCUUUCCUCUGCUGAUGGCAUGCCUCAGACUGAAGUAGGGUCAGCGUCCAGUGCAAGUACCAGCACCUUGACAGCGGAUGUGGGAAAUGAAAAUGUUGAAAGAAAGCUAGGAACUGACAAUUCAAUCCGUGCAACUGGGGAGUCCAAUGCUAUAUCCAUGGGAAUUGUUAGUGUGAGCUCUCCAGAUGUUAGCUCGGUAUCUGAGCUGACAAAUAAAGAAGCUGCUUCUCAGAGACCCCUUAGUUCUUCAGCAAGUAACAGACUAUCAGUGAGUUCACUUCUGGCUGCUGGGGCUCCAAUGAGUUCCAGUGCAAGUGUUCCUAACCUAUCCUCACGUGAAACCUCUAGUUUGGAGUCCUUCGUCCGGAGAGUGGCGAACAUCGCUCGCACCAAUGCCACUAACAACAUGAAUUUAAGCCGAAGUAGCAGUGAUAACAACACUAAUACUUUAGGAAGAAAUGUCAUGAGCACUGCAACUUCUCCUCUAAUGGGUGCCCAAAGUUUUCCUAAUCUGACUACAACUGGUACCACAUCAACAGUGACCAUGUCUACAUCCAGUGUUACUAGCAGCAGCAAUGUAGCCACAGCAACUACAGUUUUAUCUGUUGGUCAGUCACUUAGUAACACUCUAACUACUAGCCUAACAUCAACAUCUAGUGAGAGCGAUACAGGUCAGGAAGCAGAAUAUUCUUUAUAUGAUUUUCUUGAUAGCUGUCGGGCCAGCACUCUGUUGGCGGAGUUAGAUGAUGAUGAAGAUCUACCUGAGCCAGAUGAAGAGGAUGACGAAAAUGAAGAUGACAAUCAGGAAGAUCAAGAGUAUGAAGAAGUUAUGGAAGAAGAAGAGUAUGAAACAAAAGGAGGACGUAGAAGAACAUGGGAUGAUGAUUAUGUUUUGAAACGUCAGUUUUCUGCUUUAGUACCUGCAUUUGAUCCUAGACCUGGCCGUACUAAUGUUCAACAGACAACUGAUCUUGAAAUCCCUCCCCCAGGAACACCCCAUUUGGAACUACUGGAAGAAGUUGAGUGCACACCAUCUCCCCGUUUAGCACUUACCUUGAAAGUUACAGGCCUUGGUACAUCUCGUGAGGUUGAGCUGCCCCUAACAAAUUUUCGAUCAACUAUCUUUUACUAUGUCCAAAAAUUGCUACAACUUUCCUGCAAUGGCAACGUGAAAUCUGAUAAGCUUAGACGAAUUUGGGAGCCAACAUACACAAUUGUAUACAGAGAAAUGAAGGAUUCUGAUAAAGAGAAAGAAAGUGGGAAAAUGGGUUGCUGGUCAAUAGAGCAUGUGGAACAGUACCUUGGCACUGAUGAAUUACCAAAGAAUGACUUGAUAACCUACCUGCAGAAGAAUGCGGAUUCAGCCUUUCUGCGCCACUGGAAAUUAACCGGCACUAAUAAAAGCAUUAGGAAAAACAGAAAUUGUUCCCAGCUCAUAGCUGCAUACAAGGAUUUUUGUGAACAUGGAUCAAAGUCCAGUUUGAGCCAGGGAGCUAUUUCCACACUUCAGAACUCAGACAUUCUUAGUUCCAUAAAAGAACAGCCUCAAGCCAAAGCUGGUAGUGGACAGAAUUCCUGUGGAGUAGAAGAUGUUCUACAGUUGCUCCGUAUUUUGUAUAUUGUUGCAAGUGACCCUUAUUCCACUCGAAAUUCCCAAGAAGAAGGAGAUGAACAGCUUCAGUUUAAUUUCCCACCAGAUGAAUUCACAAGCAAAAAAAUCACUACAAAAAUUCUUCAACAGAUUGAGGAGCCAUUGGCACUAGCAAGCGGAGCUCUGCCAGACUGGUGUGAACAGAUAACUAGCAAGUGCCCUUUCUUAAUUCCAUUCGAAACUCGACAGCUGUAUUUCUCAUGUACGGCAUUUGGGGCAUCAAGAGCAAUAGUGUGGCUGCAGAAUCGACGUGAGGCCACUGUUGAGCGAACACGAACUACAGGCACAGUGCGAAGAGAUGAUCCAGGAGAAUUCAGAGUUGGGCGCCUUAAACACGAAAGAGUAAAAGUUCCACGUGGUGAAUCCUUGAUGGAGUGGGCAGAAAAUGUAAUGCAGAUUCAUGCAGACAGAAAGUCAGUCCUAGAGGUGGAGUUUUUGGGAGAAGAAGGAACAGGAUUGGGACCCACCUUGGAGUUUUAUGCACUGGUGGCAGCAGAAUUCCAGAGGACAGAACUGGGAGCAUGGCUCUGCGAUGAUGACUUUCCGGAUGAUGAAUCGCGUCAGGUGGAUAUAGGUGGUGGAUUAAAACCUCCAGGAUAUUAUGUACAGCGAUCUUGUGGUCUGUUCACAGCACCAUUUCCACAGGAUAGUGAUGAACUUGAAAGAAUAACCAAACUUUUUCACUUUCUGGGUAUUUUCUUAGCCAAAUGCAUCCAAGACAACAGACUGGUGGACUUGCCUAUUUCUAAGCCUUUCUUUAGACUCAUGUGCAUGGGAGACAUUAAAAGCAAUAUGAGUAAAUUGAUUUAUGAGUCGCGGGGUGACAGAGACUUGCACUGCACAGAAAGUCAGUCAGAGGCGUCUACGGAAGAGGGGCAUGAUUCUCUCUCAGUAGGAAGCUUUGAAGAAGAUUCCAAAUCAGAAUUUAUCCUUGAUCCACCAAAGCCUAAACCCCCAGCUUGGUUUAAUGGGAUUUUAACGUGGGAAGAUUUUGAAUUGGUAAACCCUCACAGAGCAAGAUUUUUAAAAGAAAUUAAAGAACUUGCAAUAAAGAGACGUCUAAUAUUAAGCAACAAAGGACUUUCAGAAGAUGAGAAAAAUACUAAAUUGCAGGAACUUAUGAUGAAGAACCCAUCAGGAUCUGGACCUUCUCUUAGCAUAGAAGAUUUAGGGCUGAAUUUCCAGUUUUGCCCUUCUUCCAGAGUAUAUGGCUUUACAGCAGUGGAUCUUAAGCCUGGUGGUGAAGAUGAGAUGGUUACUAUGGAUAAUGCAGAGGAGUACGUGGAUCUGAUGUUUGACUUCUGCAUGCAUUCUGGCAUACAGAAACAGAUGGAUGCUUUUAGAGAUGGCUUCAACAGAGUCUUUCCAAUGGAAAAGCUGAGUUCCUUCAGUCAUGAAGAAGUGCAGAUGAUUCUUUGUGGAAAUCAGUCACCGUCAUGGGCAGCUGAAGAUAUAAUCAACUACACAGAACCUAAACUUGGCUACACUCGAGACAGCCCUGGAUUCCUGAGAUUCGUUAGAGUUUUGUGUGGCAUGUCUUCCGAUGAAAGAAAAGCAUUCCUGCAAUUCACAACUGGCUGUUCAACACUUCCCCCUGGAGGCCUGGCUAAUCUACAUCCCCGUCUCACUGUUGUACGCAAGGUUGAUGCUACGGAUGCAAGUUACCCAUCUGUGAAUACAUGUGUGCACUACCUUAAGUUGCCUGAGUAUUCUUCUGAAGAGAUUAUGCGAGAGCGCCUGCUAGCUGCUACCAUGGAAAAAGGCUUUCAUCUCAACUGAGCUGAUGAAUAGGACACAGGAUAUGACAAACUGGUUUUGCAUUGAUAACUAGUGAAGCCUCUUGUGUUGUAUGUGCAGAAAAUACAAUCUCCACGCUGUGCUCUACUGAGACUUGCCUUCCCCCCCGCCCCAUCCAUGAGGCUUUGGAAACACAUGGAAAAUUUGUUAGCUGCUAAUGAAACAAAUCCCAAUGAAUUACACAGCCAGCAAGAAAAAGGCAAGAACACUGUGUGAUGCUUCCAAGGGCUUGUGCAACCAGAAGCUGAAGCAAAUGUUUGACUGUUCCAAAGAGCAGAUCUGCCGAUUUUCAGUGUUCACUGAUACAAGAUUUAUAACAGUGUAUUUGUGUAAAGUUUAGUGUUUAAUACCCUGUACACUACAGUUGCCAUCACUGAUCCCUGUUUUGCUGGCUUUAAGCUAACUGGUCAGAAAUCUGCUUCCAUAAAACUUAGUCAUUGGGCAUCUCAAGCUUUCUUUCCUUUCCUUCCUUUCAUGGUGCCUGCACUAUAGGAGUAUGCUAGUGGUUUUUUUUUGGGGGGGGGGGUGUUUGCGUAUAAUCAUGCACAACCUUUUAUUAUUUCAAGUGGGAAUACAUUUUGAUUUCUAAAUGCCCUGCUAUAAAGAUUAAAUCCUUGUAUGUGUGUAUGUGUGUGCGUGCGUGCGUGCAGCUCAACAAUAAAGCUUUUAAAAGACACUGAUCCCUGGUGCAAGGCCCACUUUAAAGCAAGUUUUACUUUUGGUUGUAUUUUCUUUGUAUAUUAAAAACAUUUAUUUAACUUGUUGCAGUUUGAAGUUUAAAAAAAAGAUUUCCAAUGUGUAUGCUCAACAUUAAUCAUUAAAAAGUUUGCAGCGUA